UUCGAGAAACGAUGCGUGUCCUGUACGCCAAGUUGGCUAUCUCAAUGACGCGCACGACGGUGAGGGCAGCAUACCCUGCCACACCUUCAUGCACAGAUACGUCCUCCUCUUCGUCCCAUCCUGCCACAAUCCCACCUUCACCUCUUUCGCGUUCACCCUCUCACCCGCUGCUAUGGCUCCUUCCUCUUCAGACGACGCGCUACAGCCACCGCCAAGCAUCCGCCACUCCGAGUCCCGCUCCGUCCACUGUCAGCCCGCUACGUCCGUUCAAUUGGCACGCAGGUCAGGCGACCUCGUUCGACGAUCCGGGUCACCCGACCGCGUUCGACGAUCCUUCCCGCCGCUACCUCCGCGCCAGAUCUCGGAACCAAUGCCCAGCCCAGAUCUGCGCGCGAUGCGUACCGCUACGUCCGUUGAAUGGCGCGGGACCGAUGUCGAGGGGGAGGUGGCACGGGACCGACGUCGACGCCACCGACGUAGAUGGGCAUCGGGUGACCUGGCGGCGCCGUGGAACGAGGCGCGAGUCACGAUGGCGCGUCUCGAAAUUUCGCCGGCGUUCUGGUGCUCGUCGAGUGAUUGUACCCUACGUCAACUACUCGUCCUCCCCCCCCCCGCGCCUCUCAGCCACCCACGUCGACGGCCCCCUCAACGCCCCUUGCGCCCAAGACCCGACCUGACUCAAGGGAGCGAGGACGCCCCCUCAAUAGCACGAGGCCAGAUCCGGUGACUCACUCGGCGCGGAUCUCUUGAGCAAAAUGAACUUUACGCCAACGCGCGCCCUGGGCCUGACGAUCCCGAAGCUCUGCCUGAUGCUUCCUCGCUGCCCUCGCCUCGUCCGAGUCGUCGCCUUGCUUCUUAGCCCUUGCCUCGCCGCCUUGCUUCCUCGCCGCCAUGCUUGUUUGAUUUCUCGGGGACCCAAACGAUGCGCAG